AAUAAGAAGAAGAAAAUAAACAAAUCAAAAAUGGCGCUCGAGAGAUUUUCAGACAGUGAUUUACAAAAAGAAAUUGACCGAUUGGAAGUUGAAGAUAAAGGAGACGGCCAAAGCAGCAGCGGGGCCACCACAAAUAAAAUUCUCGUUAGUAACGUUUCAAUUAAUAUAAGAUUAGAGGAUUUCGAAUCACUUUUAUUGAACUACGGACAGGUUCAAGUACUCGAAAAAGUGACAUCGCGGGACCCAAAUACACUUUCCUACCUUGUCAGCUAUGAAACCCCAGAACAGGCACAGCAGGCUGUCACCCAAUUAAACGGCUAUGAAUACGAAAGUAACUUAUUGAAGGUAGAAAUGGCUUCGGCAGAAAGCCGAAGAAGAGCGAGGAGUACGCGCACCGGAACAGGGUUUCCUGGAGCGCCAGGGGCCGGGCGUCAAACUGAUUUCCCGCUUAGAAUUUUGGUACAGUCCGACAUGGUCGGAGCCAUUAUUGGACGACAGGGGACGACAAUACGUCAUAUUACUCAGUCAUCAAGAGCAAGAGUUGACGUUCAUAGAAAAGACAAUGUUGGCUGUGUGGAGAAAGCGAUUACUAUUUACGGAAAUCCCGAAAAUUGCACCAAUGCGUGCAAAAAGAUAUUAGAAGUGAUGCAGCAAGAAGCUGCAAGCACAAACAAAGGAGAUAUAACAUUGAAGAUUCUUGCCCAUAAUAACCUAAUUGGGCGUAUUAUCGGCAAAGGCGGUAAUACUAUAAAAAGAAUCAUGCAAGACACAGAAUCUAAAAUUACUGUGAGUAGUAUUAAUGAUAUUAACAGUUUUAAUUUAGAAAGAAUUAUUACUGUGAAGGGGACUAUAGACAAUAUGAGCAAAGCAGAAGCUAUGAUUUCGAGUAAACUGCGGCAGAGCUAUGAAAACGACUUGCAAGCUAUGGCGCCUCAAACCAUGAUGUUCCCGGGGCUACAUCCCAUGGCGAUGAUGUCCACCGCUGGAAUGGGGUACAGUUCCCGCGGAACAGCACUGUACGGGUCUGGACCAACACCAUACCCAUACACGAGCAAUUUACCGUCUUCAGCCGUACCUUCUGGGGAAUCCCAGGAGACGACGUUCCUGUAUAUUCCGAAUAGCAGCGUAGGUGCUAUUAUAGGUACCAAAGGUUCUCACAUUAGAAAUAUUAUUAGAUUUUCUGGAGCAAGUGUAAAAAUUGCUCCCCUAGAGCAAGAUAAACCUGCAGAUCAACAAACUGAAAGAAAAGUGACCAUUGUUGGAUCACCUGAAUCGCAAUGGAAAGCACAGUAUUUGAUCUUUGAGAAGAUGCGCGAAGAAGGCUUUGUCGCAGGUACAGAAGAUGUGAGACUGACAAUUGAAAUUUUAGUACCUAGCGCUCAAGUAGGCAGAAUCAUCGGUAAAGGUGGACAAAAUGUAAGAGAAUUACAGCGUGCCACUGGAAGUGUCAUCAAAUUGUCAGAGCAACAAGCUACGCCACCCUCUGCUGAUGAAGAAACGACCGUUCAUAUUACUGGACCAUUCUUUUCAGUUCAGUCUGCUCAAAGAAGGAUAAGAUCAAUGGUCCUUCAAUCCGUAGCACCAGGAGGUGCUGGUAGUGCAGCUGCACGUGCUGGUCGUGGUGCCAGUCAAGAAGGGGGUUCCCGUUCCCGACGUGAUGGCAGUGCCACGUCCCAACAAGGAGGAACUAUCCCAACACCUCAAACUCCUACUUCCUCUCAAGUACAAACAAGUUUGUCGUCACCAUCACCUCAACAGCAGCAGCAGUCGCAACAACAACAACCGCAACAGCAACAGCAACCAUCGUCACCACAACAAUCAACGCCAAUUCAGUAACCUCGAUAUUAUGGAGGGUUAAAACAAAAUUAAAUAGAAGGAAUAACAAAUUAACUACAACCAACAAUAUCAACAACCGACAACAACAACAACAACAAUUUACAACAAACAAUAAUCUGAUGCUGACUUUAGCAGCCACUCAUAAAACUCUUAUAUAA